GAGAGACACAUCAAUCAGUUGCCUCCUGUACACACCCUGACCAGGGACCGAACCUGUAACCUAGGAUGCUGCCCAUCACGGAAUACCUGCUGCACCUUCUGGGACUGGAGAAGACCACCUUCCGCUUGUAUGCCGUGUCUGUGAUCCUGCUCUCCCUGCUCUUCUUCCUCUUCCGACUGCUGCUGCAGUUCCUGAGGCUCUGCUGGCAAUUCUACAUCACCUGCCGCCAGCUGCGCUGCUUCCCCCAGCCGCCCCGGCGCAACUGGCUGCUGGGCCACCUGGGCAUGUACCUUCCAAAUGAGACGGGCCUCCAGGAUGAGAAGAAGGUGCUGGACAGCAUGCACCAUGUGGUCCUGGUGUGGAUCGGACCUGUCCUACCACUGCUGGUCCUGGUGCACCCUGACUACAUCAAACCCGUGGUGAGCGCCUCAGCUGCCAUUGCCCCCAAGGAUGAUUUUUUCUAUGGCUUCCUGAAACCUUGGCUGGGGGAUGGGCUGCUACUUAGCAAAGGUGACAAGUGGAGCCAACACCGCCGCCUGCUGACACCUGCCUUCCACUUUGAUAUCCUGAAGCCCUACAUGAAGAUAUUUAACCAGUGCACCAACAUCAUGCAUGCUAAAUGGCGGCGCCUGGCAGAUGGUCCCAUGGUCUCCCUUGACAUGUUUGAGCAUGUCAGCCUCAUGACCCUGGACAGUCUUCAGAAGUGUGUCUUCAGCUACAAUAGCAACUGCCAGGAGAAGAUGAACGAUUACAUCUCAGCCAUCAUCGAGCUGAGUGCACUGGCGGUCCGACGCCAGUAUCGCCUGCACCACUACAUCGACCUCAUCUACUAUCACACAGCAGACGGGCGGCGCUUCCGUGAGGCCUGUGACACCGUGCACCGCUUCACCACAGAGGUCAUCCAGGAGCGGCGGUUGGUGCUCCACCAGCAAGGGGCCAAGGCCUGGCUUAAGUCCAAGCAGGGCAAGACCUUGGAUUUCAUUGAUGUGCUGCUUCUGGCCAGGGAUGAAGAUGGCAAGGAACUGACAGAUGAGGACAUCCGAGCUGAGGCAGACACCUUCAUGUUUGAGGGUCAUGACACAACAACAAGUGGGCUGUCGUGGGUGCUGUUUAACUUGGCCAAGUACCCAGAGUACCAGGAGAAGUGCCGGGAAGAGAUCCAGGAAGUCAUGAAAGGCCGGGAGCUGGAGGAGCUGGAGUGGGAUGACCUGACCCAGCUGCCCUUCACCACUAUGUGCAUCAAGGAGAGCCUACGGCAGUUCCCACCCGUGACCCUGGUCUCCCGCCGCUGCACAGAGGACAUCAAGCUUCCAGAUGGGCGUAUCAUCCCCAAAGGAAUUAUCUGCUUGGUCAGCAUCUACGGAAUCCACUACAACCCUACAGUGUGGCCUGACUCCAAGGUGUACAACCCCUAUCGCUUUGACCCGGAUAAUGCACAGCAGCGCUCGCCGCUGGCCUUCGUGCCCUUCUCUGCAGGACCCAGGAACUGCAUUGGACAGAGCUUCGCUAUGGCCGAGAUGCGCGUGGUCGUGGCGCUGACGCUGCUGCGCUUCCGUCUGAGCGUGGACCGAACGCACAAGGUGCGACGGAAGCCGGAGCUUAUACUGCGCACGGAGAAGGGCCUCUGGCUCAAUGUGGAGCCGCUACCUCCACGGGCCUGAGAGCAGGUGCGCUCCUGAGGAGCCCCAGGCCUAAGACUCGCCCAGAGGCCGAGGCCCCAUCCUCAAGGGGCCAGGCCCCGCCCCCAAAGUCCUGUGGCAUAGGCCAUACCCCUCGAAGUCCAGGCUCCGCUCCAGAUGGUCAGGGUCCUCCUUAGAGCAGCGGGUAGGUGCAGGCCACACCCUUGAGGUCCAGGUCCUACCCCUGUCAGUACUUGUUCUGGUUCUCUUGUUUGAGGACUAGGCUAGGCCACACCCCUCGGGUCCAGACCCUGUCCUCAGCAUCCCACGGAUUCAGGUCCUCAGGCCCCACCCACCCAGCUGUCUAAGAUCCUAAGACCAGACAUUUAAGGCGUCCUGGGUUCAGGCGUGGCCCCACGUGGACUCUGGAAGGCUUCUAAAUGGAGGACUUGACAGCUAGAGCCCGAGGUCAGAGCCUUGAACUUGGACAUCACCUUCCUGAGCACCGCUCGCCCCCCCGCUCCCCCUGCAGCUCAGAUUGGUGAACCUCUCAGGCAUCAGGCUACAUCCCAUGGCUGUUUACUGUUGUUGUUUUUAAAACUCAGACCCUCCUUUCCUCCCAGGCCCUUCUUUCCUCCUUUACUCCAAGGCCCUUUUCUAAGUGUUCUGAUUUUUGUAGAAUAAAGGCAAGGGACACAGACAUCCACUGCCGUCCACCCUCUAGCAUGACCAGACCCUGACACUUGGAGCCCAGCAAGGAAAUGAGGGCCCCUGAACAGUUGGGAGGCAGCUGAGGGAAGCUGUGAGCCAGAAGGCUGGAAAGCCAUUUGUCCUCGGACAUAAACUCAGACUUUUGGGGACAGUUUGUGUAUUAAUUUAUUUCAUCAAUAGGCUGCAUAUUAAUUGUCUGCUGGCACAGGGCCAGGAGCACUGCCA